CUGAAAAUAUUUUUAGUUGCUAUUCAGAUCGUGUUUCAAAGACGUGGCCGAAGUAUUCACUGUUUUGUAGUUAGCAUGUUGUUUGUAGCAUUACGAUCUCACAAUCGAGCAGUAGGAAAUGUUAUUUCUAAGAGUUUUAGAAAGCCAGUGAGAAUGACAUCCACAUUUUUAGUUGAAAAUAGUAAAUACUCUUUUCUCAAGGAUCUUGGUUUGAGUAAAAUGAACAACUCUGUGUAUAAUGGUGAAUGGACGGGAAAUGGUGAUACAGUGCAGUCUAUUGAUCCUGCGAGUGGUGAAACAAUUGCCGAAGUUAAAACUGGAUCUUUAGAGGAAUUAGAGAAUUGCCUUCAUGUUGGAACAACCGCAUACAAAUACUGGAAAACACUACCUGCACCAUACCGCGGUGAAAUUGUCCGCCAAAUUGGUGAAGAGCUUCGGAAAUUCAAAGUACCACUUGGUAAACUUGUUUCCCUAGAAAUGGGAAAAAUUUUGGCUGAAGGAGAAGGUGAAGUACAAGAAUUCGUAGAUAUAUGCGACUAUGCUGUUGGUUUAUCUAGGAUGUUUGCUGGCAAAAUACUACCUUCAGAGAGAUCAAAACAUACGAUUAUUGAAAAAUGGAACCCUUUAGGAAUAGUCGGAGUGAUUUCAGCUUUUAAUUUUCCAUGUGCUGUGUUCGGUUGGAACGCAGCAAUUGCACUAACGGUUGGUAAUUGUGUUAUUUGGAAAGGCGCACCUAGUACACCUUUAACUUCGAUUGCUAUAACUAAAAUUAUGGACAAUGUUCUUAAAAAAAAUAAUCUUCCUGCAGUCGUCACAUUAUGCCAAGGCGGAACGAACAUAGGCAAAAAAAUAGUAACAGACGAUCGUGUGAAGCUAGUUUCAUUUACUGGUAGCACUGCAGUAGGACGUGAAGUUGGAGUUGAAGUACAAAAACGUUUUGGAAAGGUUUUAUUGGAACUUGGUGGUAACAAUGCUCUUAUUAUCAACGAUGAUGCUCCUGCUGAUAUAGCACUAGAUGCAGCAUUUUUUGGAUGCAUUGGAACGGCAGGUCAAAGGUGUACUAGCACACGUAGGUUAAUAAUACAUGGAAAAUUGUAUGAUGUUUUUGUUGACAAAUUGGUGAAACGGUAUGAAAACCUCUUGAAGAGACUCGGCCAUCCAUUGGAAGACUCUACGCUCUAUGGACCACUUCAUAACCAACAAGCGGUGGAAAAUUUCAAAGCAACUGUUCAAGAUAGUAUUAGUUUAGGAGGAAAAGUAGCAUUUGGUGGAAAAGUUGUUGAAAGACCAGGAUUUUUCGUACAGCCAACUAUUAUUACUAAUCUUCCUCACAACUCGCCUGUAGUGCAAAGGGAAACUUUCGCACCAAUUGUAUUUAUCUUCAAGGCGAAGAACCUAACCGAAGCAAUUGAAUGGAAUAAUGAAGUAAAUCAUGGAUUAUCUUCUUCACUGUUUACAUCUAGUAUUGGAUCAGCUUUUCAGGUAAAUGAAAAAGUAUGCCUUUUUAUUUCGUGA